AUGAUUCAUGAAUUCUUCAAAACAACCAAGUUCUAUCAAGACAAAUAUAUUGCUGGGAUCGUUAUGGGAAGGAUGACAUGUUUCACCGAAAGCACGUUCGGUAUGUUCUUCCAACUUCCUACUGAAGGUAUUCAUGAGUUUUCAUCUUCCCCUUAUGAUAUCAUGUUUGAAAUGAUGAAUGUCUUUGCUGAUUCGCCCCUUAUGGAUAUUCACGGGAAGAAAAACUUCCUGAAAGAUGAGUUUGCUCUUCUCAGCGACAUCAUUUCCAAAUCUCUUCUCGCCAAAGAAUCUUCAUACGAGUACUAUAAGAAGGAUGAUGUAGCGGCGUGUUUUGAUUUCUAUGUGGAUCUUGCGGAAGGCUUAGACACAAAGAAGAAGACUCUUGUUUUUGUGCCAAUGGAAGAGUUUAAGUGUCAUGUUGUUAUGGAACCUAUUGGGAUUGUUGGCCUGAUCACACCAUGGAAUUACCCUCUGCUAAUGAGCACAUGGAAAGUUUCUCCUUCCUUGGCUGUAGGUUGUACUGCAAUUCUCAAGUCAUCUGAGAGAGGUGGGCCAUCCCCAGGUAUCCUUAAUGUGCUGACAGGUCUAGGCCAUGAAGCAGGUGUUCCUUUAGUCUCUCAUGCCGAUGUGAAUAAGAGUGUUAAAUCUCUACAUAUUAAGGAUAUGGACGUGGUUGUUGAGAAUGGUAUUGGAUGGAUGGAACUUAAUGAAUUUCUGGAGCCUUGA